AUGAUCAAGCAUUUCCUUCUUGCUUCGCUCACUGUCGGGGCAUUGGCUCAUCCUGCUGCCUUGUCCGAUACAAAGCGCAGCAAUGCCACUAACCUCAACGUCGAACUAUUGGUUGCUAACGGGCUCUUGGAUACAACUACCGAUGGUCGCAUUGUAUUGAUGUUUGCGCCUGCUGGAACCGAUCCUCUCGAUGACACCGAUGUCACUUCAUCACCCAACAAGAUAUUCGGAAAGAACGUGUACGGGUUUGGAUCGGAUAAGGCCGUCACGUUGUCUGGUGGUGGUAACGACAGUACUGCAACUGGAGUCUUUGGUUGGCCAAACCCCAGUCUUGACAACAUUGACCCAGGUACCUACAGUGUACAAGCAUUCCUCACCAGAUACGAGACUGUAACCCGCAGCGAUGGAUCCAAGGUUAGCCUCCGCUUUCCAUGCGGCGACGGUGCGCCAAACGUCAAUGGCUUUGGCAGUCUAGUGACACCAGUUACAAACAUCACCAUAUCUGGCAGCCAACAAGCCAUUCAACUGACCUUCAACAACAUCACCGAAGUCCCCGAAUUCAAUGGGAAAGAAAUCGGCGGAUGCAACCAGGGCAAUUACGAGGACACAGAGCUUCUCAAGCAUAUCAAGAUCCGUAGUAAAAAGCUAAGCAAGUUCUGGGGACGAGACAUGUACGUUGGCGCCAACAUCGUGCUACCAGCCGGCUACAAUGCCAAUGACACAAAGACACGGUACCCCGUCAUCUACCACCAAAACCACUGGGCAGAUGGUUUUGGUGCGUACAAUUACGGCAAAGACGAGACUUUCACCUCCAUCUGGAACAAAGGCAUCAUCCCCGCAACAGGCAGCAAGCCAGAACGGCCAUACGCCGUCAACACCGCAAACCUAGGUCCCUACGGCGAUGCCCUAAACGAUGAACUCCUACCCUACAUCGAACAAGAAUUCCACACCAUCCGCUCCCCCUACGCCCGCAUCCAAGACGGCGGCUCAACCGGCGGCUGGGAAUCAAUCGCAAACGUAAUCUACCGCCCCGACCUCUUCGGCGCCUGCUUCUCUUCCUACCCAGACUCCCUAUCCUUCUACCGCCACCAAGACAUCGCUCUCUACACCGCUUCCAACGCAUACACUCGCGACGAUGGCAGCAGCGUCCCCAGUAUCCGGACCUUCGUCAACGGCACGCAAGUCAUCGAAGCCACCGUCGCGUCCGAAAGCCACUGGGAACUCACCUUCGGCACUGCCUCGCGCUCCUUCAACCAGUGGGACAUCUGGAACGCCGUGUUCGGGGUCCAAGGCUACAAUAACUAUCCACUUGAGCCAUGGGAUAAGGUGACCGGCGAGAUCUACCCUCAAGCUGUGAGUUACUGGAAACAAUUCGAUCUCACCGAAUACAUCAUUGCGAACUUCAAGUCCACUCGCAAUCUCGGUACUGCGCUUGCAGACCGGCUUUUCGUCUACGUCGGCUCGUGGGAUACGUAUUUUCUCAAUGAGGGCGUACAGGAGUUUAGGAACAGGACGGAUGAGGUCGGCGGGAAGGGCUGGGCGAAUGUUACUAUCCUUCCGGAAAAGACACAUGGGGGCAAUUAUCAAGAUAGGGAUAUUUGGGAUUAUUUGGAGUUGGUGGAAAGUUGGGUGAAGGAGCAUGCUCCCGGAGGUCCCAAGCCGCUUUGUGAAGCGUGUACGGCGCCGUCAACGCGUGGCAAUGUUUGGGAUGAGGUUAUCAAGCACGGUGGCCGCAAGGCUGCGGUUCAGCGCCAGGCGGAUCCCCAGAUUCAAGGUGCCGACAAAGUCUCUGUAGGUCAGGUGGUGAGAGCCAGUGUCGGGCGCUGGGAUCCGGGUGUCAAGUUGAGUGCUCAGUGGAUUCUGAACAGUAAGCCUGCAUACGAAGCAUUUGCUGUCCAACAGGGUGCGAAUGUGACGUACACGCCGACUGUAAAGGGUCAUGUGCAGUUGCUUGUUACGGGGGAGAAGAGGAAUUAUGCCACUGAGACGAGGAAGAGUCAGAGGGUACUUGUUGGACGGUGA